AAUACCAGCCAGGUCAAUACCAGCCAGGUAAACACCAGCCAGGUGAAUACCAAUCAGGUGAACACCAGCCAGGCGAAUACCAGCCAGGUGAACACCAGCCAGGUGAAUACCAGCCAGGUGAACACCAGCCAGGUGAAUACAAGCCAGGUGAAUACCAAUCAGGUGAACACCAGCCAGGCGAAUACCAGCCAGGUGAAAUACCAGCCAGGUGAAUACCAGCCAGGUGAACACCAGCCAGGUCAAUACCAGCCAGGUAAACACCAGCCAGGUGAAUACCAAUCAGGUGAACACCAGCCAGGCGAAUACCAGCGAGGUGAACACCAGCCAGGUGAAUACCUGCCAGGUGAAUACCAGCCAGGUGAAUACCAAUCAGGUGAAUACCAGCCAGGUGAACACCAGCCAGGUGAAUACCAGCCAGGUGAACACCAGCCAGGUGAAUACCAGCCAGGUGAAUACCAGCCAGGUGUGUACCAGCCAGGUGAAUACCAGCCAGGUGAAUACCAGCCAGGUGUGUACCAGCCAGGUGAAUACCAGCCAGGUGAAUACCAGCCAGGUGUGUACCAGCCAGGUGAAUACCAGCCAGGUGAACACCAGCCAGGGGAAUACCAGCCAGGUGAAUACCAGCCAGAUGAAUACCAGCCAGGUGAACACCAGCCAGGUGAAUACCGGCCAGGUAAACACCAGUCAGGUGAAUACCAGCCAGGUGAACACCAGCCAUGUGAAUACCAGCCAGGUGAAUACCAGCCAGGUGAACACCAGCCAGGUGAAUACCAGCCAGGUGAAUACCAGCCAGGUGAACACCAGCCAGGUGAAUACCAGCCAGGUGAACACCAGCCAGGUAAAUACCAGCCAGGUGAAUACCAGCCAGGUGAACACCAGCCAGGUGAAUACCAGCCAGGUGAAUACCAGCCAGGUGAAUACCAGCCAAGUGAACGCCAGCCAGGUGAAUACCAGCCAGGUGAAUACCAGCCAGGUGAACACCAGCCAGGUGAAUACCGGCCAGGUAAACACCAGUCAGGUGAAUACCAGCCAGGUGAACACCAGCCAUGUGAAUACCAGCCAGGUGAAUACCAGCCAGGUGAACACCAGCCAGGUGAAUACCAGCCAGGUGAAUACCAGCCAGGUAAACACCAGCCAGGUGAAUACCAGCCAGGUGAAUACCAGCCAGGUGAAUACCAGCCAGGUGAACACCAGCCAGGUGAAUACCAGCCAGGUAAACCCCAGCCAGGUGAAUACCAGCCAGGUGAAUACCAGCCAGGUGAAUACCAGCCAGGUGAACACCAGCCAGGUGAAUACCGGCCAGGUAAACACCAGCCAGGUGAACACCAGCCAGGUGAAUACCAGCCAGGUGAAUACCAGCCAGGUGAACACCAGCCAGGUGAAAUACCAGCCAGGUAA